AAAAAUCAGUUGCAAAAAAUUUUUUAAAUAAUUUUUAUAAACAAAGAACAUAUAUAUUAUAAACAUUAUAUUAUUUGUUAUAAACAUGGACAUAUUAUACAUAUUUCCGUCGUGGUUUAUUUUAGGCUAGGAUAAUUAUUUGUUAAUUUGUUUAUAAUAAAUUGUAAAAAUUUUUUUGCAACUAAUUGUUACAAAAAUUAUUGCUAAAAACUGCAUUAACAUUUUUUCGAUAUCGCAACUUGUCGUUAUUAGCUUUUUGUAACCAAAUCUUAUUUAGUAAAUCUAAGACAUUCUUAAUAGUACCUUGAAAGGCCCUUAUUAGCUUUUCGUAACAAAAUCUUAUUUAAUAAAUCUAAGGCAUCCUUAAUAGUACCUUGUAAGGCCCUUAUUAGCUUUUCGUAACAAAAUCUUACUUAAUAAAUCUAAGGCAUCCUUAAUAAUACCUUGCAAGGUCCUUUUUUGCUUUCCGUAACAAAAUCUUACUCAGUAAGUUUAAGGCAUCCUUAAUAAUACCUUAUAAGGCCCUGAUGUGGUAAUAUUAAGGUAACCCUUUUUAUGGCAUCCUUAUUAAAUCCUCAUCGGGGCUUUAUGCUACAUAAGGAUUUCCCUAACUAUUUUCUACUCGGGUAAUGACAUAAUAUAGACGUAACAUUUUUGACGACAUAUUCGUCAUAGAAAUAACGUCAUUAAAACGUUUUUUAAGGUUAUUUUUCUAUUACUUAUUUUAUUGAUUUAUUAAUUUAUUUUAUUAAUUUUUUGGUGCAAAACAUCGAUUCAAUAUCCACUUGAUGAGUUAAUUUUUAUCGGAUAUAUUGAUGUUAGUGGCUAUACUGGCUAUACUUGUGGCUUGUGGCGUGGCUACAUGGCCGAUAGUUUUUUCGGGGAGCAUGAGUGUAUGUGCGACUCAACGUGUGUGAACGGAGCGGAUACGGAUCAACUAACGGAUGUGUUUCGAUUCCAUGUGCAUUAAAUUCAUUCGAUAUUUCGCGACAUAUUCCCAAAAGAAAGGAGAAAAAAUCGACUAAACGGAGAAAGCUGUGGCAGAAGAACAAAGCAGGCGUCCACGUACAGUUAUUGCAAGGUUAAAACAUGCAAGCAAUUUUUUUUCGCGCGCGAACACGUGUUUUGCGCCAAAUAUUUCUGAUGCAAUCGACCGCAAUUUUAUAUUCACUAUUAUAAUAUUAAUAAUAGAUCGUUUAUCUUUGCAUUUUAUUAUUUAGAUUUUGUCUACAAAUCAUCAUCUACAAGUCAUCGUCUUUAACAAACAUACGAAUCGUAGUUCUGAGUCGAAUCGUACUUCUGAGUUGCUUUAAAGAGGAGAAGAAAAAGAUUUAUAUGAUCGUUUAUACUUUAUGCGAUCGAUAUUUGUCUAUUACUCUGUUCUUUAUGUAUAUUUUGUGGCCUUGCCGUACUUCACCACCUACAUCGGCUACGAUACAUUUAAGUUGUUUUUGGAGGCAUCACGUGAAUAUUUUCAGAAACGCAUAAUCGAUAUUGAUUUGAAUUGUACUCAUUUAAUAGACUCAUUUAAUGAUAAAUAUUCGCAAAUAUUAAACUCUAAAAAAAAAGAAAACAUGUAUUGUGUUGUCGAAUUUGAUCAAGUAGCAGAAGGUGGCUUAGCGAUUGUGCAUGCUAACUGGCUCACUCUACAAAAAAAAGAAGUUUUUUGGCCUCCUUAUAAAGACCAUGGACGUUUUAAGCGGGCGUUAAAAAAAGAAGAAGAAAUAAAUACAAACACAUGGGAUAUUUACGGAAUAGUGCGCAGUUUCUAUGAGACUGAUGAUUUAGAUAAGGCUAGACAAAAACUUUCCGUAGCAGAAGUAACAAGUGAUCUUAACACAGAACCAGAAGAAAAUUUACAAUCUCGAAAAAGAUUCAGAACUUUACCAAUACGUCUACAAGAGAGUAGUGAUGAUGAGAAUAAAGAAAGUGACAAUGAAUGUAGAUUUCAACAGCCACCAAAAAUUAUUAAAAGGACUGACAAUGAGACACUAAGAACUACACUAAGAAAUAUAGAUUUAAAUACUACAUCUCAGACUUCUAACCUGUUUGGUAUUAUAUUUAAAAUAUUCUAAAUUUUUAGUAUUAUCAUAUAAAAAUGUAAAAACAUAUUUUUCCAAACAUAAAAUACAAAAUAAAUAAAUAAAUAUACAUAUUUAAC